CCGCCGGGCACCCGGGGCGAAGGCGGCUCGGGCUCGGGCUCGGGCUCCGAUGUGCUAGGUGUGGGCCGGCCCCCACCCCACCCUGACAAGUGACCAUGGAUCCUGGAGCCGGGCCAGAGUCAUCUCUGACUGUCAAUGAGCAGGUCAUCGUGAUGUCAGGCCACGAGACCAUCCGUGUGCUGGAAGUUGGAGUGGACGCCCAGAUCUCUGCCGAGGAGGAGGGCAAAGGGCUGGAGGGUGUGGCUGCUGAGGGCUCCCAGAGCAGAGACCCUGGCGAAGCUAGUGAACCUGCUGGUGAAGCCGGGCCAGACAACCCAGACUCCUCUGCAGAGGCACCUGUGAAGUCUCUGCCGGGGAUCCCUCCGAGCCCUGCCCCUGCUGUUGCCACCUUCAGCCAAGCCCCCAGCCAGCCUCAGGCCUCGCAGACCCUGGCUCCAUUAUCUGUACAGGCUGCCCCCCAGGUCUUGACUCAGGAAAACUUAGCCACAGUUCUGACAGGAGUUAUGGUUCCAGCAGGGGCAGUUACUCAACCUCUUCUUAUCCCCAUCAGUAUUGCAGGUCAAGUGGCUGGUCAGCAGGGGCUGGCCGUGUGGACAAUUCCUACAGCAACCGUGGCCGCCCUCCCAGGACUGACAGCUGCUUCUCCCACGGGGGGAAUUUUCAAGCCACCUUUAGCCGGUCUGCAAGCAGCCGCUGUGCUGAACGCCGCCCUCCCGACUCCCGUACAAGCUGUCCCGCCGCCGGCACAGGCCUCCUCACCCAGCCAGCCCCGGCCAGCAGCCCAGCCCCAGACGCUGUUCCAGACCCAGCCGCUGCUGCAGACCGCGCCUGCCAUUGUCCCGCAGCCCACUGCUGCCACCGCUACUGCCCCCACGCCCAAGCCGGUGGACACCCCCCCACAGAUCACCGUCCAGCCCGCGGGCUUCGCGCUGAGCCCAGGAAUUAUCAGUGCCGCUUCCCUCGGGGGACAGACCCAGAUCCUAGGUUCCCUCACUACCACUCCGGUCAUUGCCAACGCUAUUCCCAGCAUGCCGGGGAUCAGCAGUCAGAUCCUCACCAACGCUCAGGGACAGGUUAUCGGAGCCCUUCCGUGGGUAGUGAACUCGGCUAGCGUGGCAGCCCCAGCACCAGCCCAGAGCCUGCAGGUCCAGGCUGUGACGCCCCAGCUGUUGUUGAAUGCCCAGGGCCAGGUGAUUGCAACCCUGGCCAGCAGCCCCCUGCCUCCGCCCGUGGCUGUCCGGAAGGCAAGCACGCCUGAGUCCCCUGCUAAGAGUGAGGUACAGCCCAUCCAGCCCACGCCAGCCGUGCCCCAGCCUACGGUGGUCAUCACCAGCCCAGCCCCAGCGGCCAAGCCUUCUGCCUCUGCUCCCAUUCCAAUCACCUGCUCUGAGACCCCUACUGUCAGCCAGUUGGUAUCCAAGCCACAUACCCCAAGUCUGGAUGAGGACGGAAUCAACUUGGAAGAGAUCCGGGAGUUUGCCAAGAACUUUAAGAUCCGACGGCUGUCCCUGGGCCUCACGCAGACUCAGGUGGGUCAGGCUCUGACUGCCACGGAAGGCCCAGCCUACAGCCAGUCAGCUAUCUGCAGGUUCGAGAAGCUGGACAUCACGCCCAAGAGUGCCCAGAAGCUGAAGCCAGUGCUGGAAAAGUGGCUGAAUGAAGCCGAACUCCGGAACCAGGAGGGGCAGCAGAACCUGAUGGAGUUUGUGGGAGGUGAGCCCUCCAAGAAACGCAAACGCCGCACCUCCUUCACCCCCCAGGCCAUAGAGGCCCUGAAUGCCUACUUCGAGAAGAACCCACUGCCCACAGGCCAGGAGAUCACCGAGAUUGCUAAGGAGCUCAACUAUGACCGGGAGGUGGUGCGGGUCUGGUUCUGCAAUCGGCGCCAGACGCUCAAGAACACCAGCAAGCUGAAUGUCUUUCAGAUCCCUUAGGGCUCAGCCCCCAGCCCUGCGUUCCAGCACUUUGUACUUCUCCCUUGGCACCUGGCUGCAGCCACCGCCGUGACAGCACCUGUCACAGUGUGGCGUGCAGCUGUGCUUGUCCUGGGUCUCGAGACUCCACCGUGUGCAUGUGUGUCCACUGCCUCCCUCCUCUCCUCCACGUAUCUCACAGCAUGGGGAGGGCAGAGGGGCCCACCGGAGAGCUGCAGGCUCGGGCCGGUCAUGCCAAGGGACCCCUCCCUCACUUAAAGAAGCACUUUGCUAAUGUGGUUUUCGAAGGGUGAAUUCUGGUUGGGAACCAGACACCCCCUCCCCACCCCGUCCUUGGGGCAGGGCUACCACAGCCCCCGAAGGACCCCUGGCCAUUAGCUCUUG